AAGAUGAAGCUGCUGAUCUUCUUCUCCGUGAUGAGCGCGGCGGUGAUGGCCGUCAUGAUCUUCCAGACGCUGCGCCAGGAGCUGAACCUGCGCAACAUGCGCGAGCGCUUGGUGGAGAGCGCGGUGGAGCUGCGGAGGAAGGAGGACUCGGUUGUGGACAUGAAAAACAAAGUCCUGGAGCUGAAGGGCACUCUGGAGGCCGCCAACUCCAAACUGGACGCGCUGAAGAAGAAGAAGGAGGAGGCGGACAGGGCGGCGAAGGAGGCGGAAAAGAUCCUGGAGAGCUGCAACUCAGAGAAGGCAGAGACUGAGAAGAGAAAGGCAGAACUGGAAGAAGCCACAAGUAAAGUGAAAGGUGAUCAUGAAGAGGCUAAAAACAAAGCUCAGGAGGAAAUUCAGAGCUUGAAACAGCAGAUUUUAGACCGAGACAAAACUAUUUGUGCCUUUGCAGACAUGACCAAAGAGGAAGCACGGAAGCUGUGUGGAGAGUCUGCUGCACCAAAAUGAAGUCACAGCUUUAAACACUGUUCAGGAAGAGCCAAGUGUGUUUUUUAACUUGACUGUGAAGCUUUGUUCUGAAGCUGCUCAGAAAUGUGGGUCAGAGACAAUCAGAAAGAUGACUGGUAUUAUUUUAUACUUAGUUUUGUAGAGUAAAUUUGGACUUUUUCACAUUUCUGUAAAAUGUUUUAACACAUAUUUGAUAUUUAGAACAUUACAAGUUUCAUGUGUGGUCUUUUAACUUAUAGCAUAAGUUUGUUGAUUUUUCUCUAAUCAUUCAGAGAAACUUUAAAGACUAUUUUGGUUCAUAGUUAUUUGUGUGAGUUCAUGAAUAUUUGGCUCCAGUUUGUUAAAUGAGGAAACACUGACAGGCUGCAGUCUUUUAUCUCCCCCUGCUGACGAGCUAAAUGUCAGGAGAUGCUCACAGAACCUUUCAGAACCUGUGAUGCCUCCAGGUCUCUGAUUAUGUGGAGAACAUGUUGCUUUAUGUUUGAGUGCAGUGUUACAAACAUGAUGCAUUCAGUUCUCCUGAUGAUACAGUCUGCAUUCAAUCUGAUGCACUUCAUUUGUGAAAAUGUCUGCAGUUUGUUUGUAAUGAUCAUUGGAAAACAUUUUGUUCAAAAAACACCUUGUUGUUUGUUAAUGAUGUAUGUUUGAAAAACUCAAUUGUGAUUGGAGUAAAAGUUUAUUUUAAUGCCCCAUAAAA